AUGGAUAUUACUGCAGUUGUCUUCUAUAUUGUCAUCGCCCUCGUCGGCCGUGCCUCUGCGUCCAUAGUCUCAACAAACAUACUCUUGCCCGCUUGGCUUUUCAACCCCGAGCCUACUGGAGCGACAUUCACCGGCCAAAUUUCGACCUCCCUUGGUACCACCUACUACACCUUGGACUGCAACUAUGAAUUCACAAACUUCGUGGGACAAGGGGGCCAGUGCCGCUAUAAUGGCUACACGUUCUCAGCAAUUUCUUCCACCACUGCUUACGUCCUUUCUAGCGUGAGCCUAGCAAAAAGCGACGGGUCCAACUCUCUACAAGCGUUCCAGCAGGCAAUAACCAUACACUGCGGCCCCGUCGGCUACGCCAACAUCGCCUCCUGCACCAGCACCUACCUCAGCAACAUAGAAGACCCUGAAGAUGAAAUAACGGCGGAUGAGUCUGCCAGCAAUGCUAUCUACAGCACUGUUAUCAUAGUAGGCCCGGAGUCCACACUUUAUCCAUUCUUCUUCACUUCCAGCUCCAACAACGCUGCAUCCAGCACGGCAAUGCCUCGGGGGAUGCCCACCAAUCCAAUGCCCUCACCGACCUCUGGACCUGCCUCAUCAGCAACACACGGAACCGCAGCCAAAGUAGGUACCGGUCUCGGUGUGCCUCUCGGCGCUUGUGUACUCGCCGGCCUCGCUCUAUUACUCUAUCGGCACGCCAAGCACAAGGAACGUUCGCGUCUAAGCCAGAUGGGCAACAUGGCAUCAGUGGGGGGCCUCGCCAUGGAGCUUGAGGGAAAGAGGAUAUCGGAUACUGCUUUGGCGAACAAGAUGCAGGGCAGGCAGCCACCGGUGUAUUCAAUGGAGCUGCAGGGUUGA